GCUGAGAGGUGAGAGUUGCUUGGAGCCCGGGGCCUGGAGGGAGGGCGAUGGCGGCAUGGCCGCCUUCCUUGAGGACUCGCUCGCGGGCAAAAUCUGGAGUUCUGAGCUGGAGACGUUGCAUCCCGGUUUUUAGUCCGGCCCGAUGGCAUGAACCCAGGUUAAAGAGCAAGGUGUGGCGACGGAUCCCUGUGGCUCACUAGUCAGCUCGCCUGGUCUAAUCAGCAAGCCUCCCAACUCCCAGUGAGAGAGAGACAAGGGCAAGAGUUCAAACCUGUAUCAGAAAAUAUUUAAUCAUUUAACCAAAAAUGGUAUUUUUUACAUGCAAUGCAUGUGGUGAAUCCGUGAAGAAAAUACAGGUGGAAAAGCACGUGUCUAUUUGCAGAAACUGUGAAUGUCUUUCUUGCAUUGACUGUGGGAAAGAUUUCUGGGGUGACGACUACAAAAACCAUGUGAAAUGCAUCAGUGAAGAUCAGAAAUACGGAGGCAAAGGCUAUGAAGCCAAAACACACAAAGGUGAUGUGAAACAGCAGGCAUGGAUUCAGAAAAUUAAUGAGUUAAUAAAGAAACCCAACGUCAGCCCCAAGGUGCGAGAACUUUUGCAGCAAAUUAGUGCUUUUGACAAUGUUCCCAGAAAAAAGGCGAAGUUUCAGAACUGGAUGAGGAACAGCCUGAAAGUGCACAGCGACUCUGUUCUGGAGCAGGUGUGGAACAUCUUCUCCGAAGCAGCCAGCAGCGAGCAAGAUCAGCAGCCACCCAGCCACAUGGCAAAGCCAAAUACAGAGGUCCCCACUAAGGUUCCAUCCACAAAAACAAAUGGCACCACAGAGGAGCAAACAGAGGCAAAGAAGAAUAAAAGAGAAAGGAAGGAAGAACGACAGAAGAGCAGGAAGAAAGAGAAGAAAGAGCUGAAGUUAGAAAACCACCAGGAAAAUCUGAAGGGCCAGAAGCCAAAGAAGCGCAAAAAGGGCCAGGAGGCCGGACAUGAGGCUGGUGGGGAGGAUGCCGCGGAGGCCAACGGCGCCCCAGAGAAGAAGAGAGCCCGGGAUGCACAGGCUUCUGAAGAGGGAGCAGACAGAAAUGGGGGCCCCGCGGAGGAUGCUGAUGAGGGGCCGACCAAGACAGCAGCAGGAAAACGGAAGCGGCAAAAGCACUCAGAAGUUGAGUCUGAUAACAAGAAAAAAAAGAUGAAGUUGCCAGGGCAGCCUGAAGAGGGAGAGCCUGAGGACCAUGAGGCUCCAUCAAAAGACUAUGAAAUGAAGAGCCUGUCCCAUGGAAAGUCCUGUGGCACUGCCCAUCUGUCUCUCACCACCUUCCCACAUUGUCCUGGGUUUGGGGAGCCUGGUAAAUUCAACUGGAAGGGGACCAUUAAAGCUGUUCUGAAACAGGCUCCAGACAACGAGAUAUCAGUCAAGAAGUUAAAGAAAAAGGUUAUAGCUCAGUACCAUGCGGUGAUGAGUGACCAUCACACAUCGGAGGAGGAGCUCCUGGCCAUCUUCAACAAGAAGAUCAGCAGGAACCCCACCUUUAAGGUGCUGAAGGACAAAGUUAAGCUUCUGAAGUGAGGGCUCUGUUGCGUCACACUCUACCAUCCUAUUGGCUACUUUCCUCUCUUUGUAAAAUGUGUAAUGAAUUCUAACAGCCGGAAGAUUGCUUCCUGAAACUUUUUAAGUUAAGGAAAAAAUAUAUUUUUGUUAAAACUUUUAUGAAAAAAUAAAAUAUAUCCUUGUCAAAUGUC